AUGGACUUGUUUGACGAAGUUAAGAAUCUGGCAGUCAGUGCCGCAUACGACGAGCCCGAUGAGGAUGACCCUUCCCAAGGCACGAUCAAGAUGUUCCAAGAGCGCUUUGGUUACACGUACGACCAAGCAGCAGAACUUGUCGGAAUCACCAGGAACGUCAAGAUUGCAGCUGCUACAACCCACCAAGCAAUUUUAUCUCCAGCAAAAGCACGCACUAUCUAUGCGCUGAAACUCGACGGCCCAAUCUCCACUCCGCAAAAGGUCCAAACCGCCGCGAAUCUUUCCACGGUGCCAGAGUCUUACCAUGGUAGCAACGAGGGAGGAGAUGCUGCUUUCUGCAAGGUGGACGGUCGUUCUAAGAUAGCCAUCGAGAAUUGGCUUUCCACACAGAAGGAAACUACUUUCAAACCCUUGUUUGUACCUGAAGGGCGAGCAUACAAGGAAUUAUGUCCGGAUUCCCUUUAUCCCACACUUGGCAAAGACACAACGCUCCCACAAUACCGGCCCCAGAGUCUACAUCUGCUCGAACAAGCGCCCUCCUUUGGUCGAACGUGCAAGCAAUUUCCCGUCUGGUAUUUCUUCUAUGGUACGCUGACAGAUAUCCCGAAACUCCACAGUCUACUCUCUCUCUCUGAAGACGAGGUACCGAUCUUGCAUGAAGCGGGUGUGGUGGGCGCGAUGAUGAAGAGUUGGGGUAUGGGAAAAUACAAUGCUCUUGUCAAUGGGCCGGAAAGCAGUUGUGUCGGAGGAUCGGCGUGCCUGGUUAUGUCAGAGGAGCAUGAGUAUGCGUUGAGGAAAUAUGAGACGAGCGCGUAUGAAGUUGUGAGGUGUUUGAUCCAGAUGAAUGGCAUUGUUGUUAAGGGAUGUACGUUCAGAUUUGCGGGUGAAACGGAUUGA